UGUGUGUGUGUGUGUGUGUGUGUGUGUGUGUGUGUGUGUGUGUGUAGCUCCAGUGAGCAUGCUGUGUUGUUUUGUCUGGAAACUUUAAGCGGAUUAAACCCUGAGUGACUGCUGUAAGGUGCUUCAAGGCUCUAGACUCAUAAGCAUGUUGCGUCCUCACAAGAAAAAGAAGAAGUGUUGUAAUUUAGAAUCAAAAGUUUUAGGUCAAUGUGCAUCAUGUGUAAGCAGUUUUGCAGGUUUAGGAUAAUUUUGAAGGUCAACAGAAGUAGUUUUACUAUUAUUAUUAGUGGUAGUAAUAUACUAUAUAUUGUGUUGUCAUAACUUCCUUAUUUGCCUAUAUUUUAGACUAGUGAAUGGUCAAAUGUUAACCAGCCACUCAAUUGAUUGUUUUUUCAGCAACUUUGUCCAUAUUUUACCAGGAUGGUAAACGGCGUUUUUAAUUCUGUGCCCUGACUGUAGACCACAUUUUAAGGAUGAGCUGUUUAAGAACACGUCUUUGGCAAGAGAUUAAUAAUGAAUGCUUCACGAGGCUCCGCCAGGUACUGUUUGUAAAUGUAAGGUUAUAGUGCAAGCCGAUACUACCGAUGACAGUGAAAGGAGUGAAAGUACACCGCACAGUGUUGCCCCUGGAGUAUGGGAAAUGUAAUAUGAAAGUCUCCAGCGGUAAGAAUGGGAGGUUAAAACAGGACGCACAUGUAAGACAUUUCAAUUUAGAAAUAGCAGCGUUGAGCCGGACGCUGUUUUUACUAUUAUGAGUACAACAUUGAUGCUUUUGGAGCGAAUAAUCACCAUGAAGAAAGCUUUUACAGUAGCUUUUAUGCAGCGGUUUUCAACAUGUGUAUUGAAUGAAAAUUCUAAUUACUGCACAAUAAUAAAAACAGGAGUAAACCAGGAUCACUCACAUCAAUUUUGUGAUUAGCCUGAAUAACAAGUGAGCCUGUAAAAGAGAGAAAUGUCUUCUCGCAGUGUAUGUGUGAAAAAAACUUUUGUUACUUAGUCUAAUAUAAGUUUUAAUACACAGUAUAGAUAUUAUAACCUGAUAAACAGACUAAAAGUUGUGAUUUAGAGGUCUGGGAGAUCUUAAAAUGUGAACAUUAAUACAUAUAGUCAUGUAAAUCUGUUUGUUUCUUUUGUCAACAGGAUGAAAAGGAAGUUUUAUUCUUGGGAUGAGUGUUUGAAUCUAAGAGAGGUGAAGUCACUGAAGAAGCUGAACCAUGCCAAUGUGGUGAAACUGAGGGAAGUCAUCAGAGAAAAUGACUACCUCUACUUUGUCUUUGAGUAUAUGAAAGAAAACCUCUAUCAGCUCAUGAAAGAAAGGGAAGAUAAGAUGUUUUCUGAAAAUGAGAUAAGGAACAUUCUGUUCCAAGUAUUGUCUGGCUUAGCAUUUGUGCAUAAGCACGGGUAUUUCCAUCGUGAUAUGAAACCGGAGAACUUGCUCUGCAUGGGCCCCGAGCUGGUUAAGAUUGCUGAUUUUGGACUAGCAAGAGAAAUCCGCUCGCAGCCACCUUACACUGAUUAUGUGUCCACAAGAUGGUACCGAGCCCCAGAGGUUCUGCUGAAGUCGAACUCCUACAGCUCGCCCAUCGACAUCUGGGCCGUGGGAUGCAUCAUUGCGGAGCUGUACACACUCAGACCGCUGUUCCCUGGCAACAGCGAGGUGGACGAGAUCUUCAAGAUCUGUCAGGUGCUGGGAACGCUGAAGAAGACGGACUGGCCUGAAGGCUACAACCUGGCCACCUCGAUGAACUUCCGCUUCCCAAAGUGUGUCCCCACCAGCCUCAGAUCCCUGAUCCCCAACGCCAGCAACGAGGCCAUCGCACUGAUGAAAGACAUGCUGCAGUGGGACCCUGAGAAAAGACCAAGUGCUGCUCAGGCUCUACGGUAUCCAUACUUCCAUGUCGGCCAGGCGCUCGGUGCUCCUCUCAAGUACUCGGAGCAGCACAGGACUCAGACAAAGAUGUCUGAGGCGGCCGCAGAGACAGAGCCUCUGUCCCUCUGUAAGAUGGACCUAGAACCCAGUGAGCCAAGUAGGACUCAGGCAGAGCUGCAGACCUGCUGCCAAUCUCUCCACCAGCCCCUUCAACAGAUCUCCCUACCUCAGGACAACAAGGAGCCAAGCACAAAGCAAGCAAUGCGCGUCACCACGCUGCCAGAGAGGCAGCAGGAACCUCUCAGCCUGGUGAAAAAAAGGCAACCGAUGAGCUGGCAGGCUCCUACAAGAGCAGCUCCCACAGGAGCAGAAAAUAGCACGAGUGGAGUGAGGACAGGACGUCGACGAUGGGGUCAGACGUCUUUCAAGUCCGUCGACAGCUGGGACGAUAGUGAGGAUGCAGACGCUGGAGUGUCCAUCUCCAAAAAACCCACCAUCAGCUCUCUGAAGGACAGGACGCUGGAUGAGUCCAGCUGUCGAUCUGUGGAGUCAAAGAAUAAUAAAGAAUCAAAGCUGCCGAGCAACAGUGGGCUGAACAGAGCUGACUCCACCGCCUUGUCUGCAAAGCAGCACUACCUCCGCCAGUCCAGAUACCUGCCAGGCGUAAAUCCAAAAAACAACUCCUCAGUAGGAAGCCAGGUGGUCGGCAGGAACCUGUGGGGCGGCUCGUGUUUAACCAGAGGACAGGGCCUGGAGUUCCCUCUGCAUAAAGACAUUAGUCUUCCUAAACUAACCGAUAAGCAGCCUCUACAAGAAAAGACCCUGGAGGAUCUUGAUCUAAACAAAGACUCCUUCAUGAGCAACUCCAACAACACCACCAAGACAUACACAUCACCUUUUCAGAAGAGUGAAACAGGAGCAGCCAGACAGCGGAUAACGCUGGCACCGAUAGGAGGCACCUCUGCUAUUGAUCUGUCAUCUGCUGCUGAUCUCAGAGUCGACUCUAAAAUCAAACCGGCCAAGAGCAAGACCUCCUUAAAUAAACUGUUGCUCUCAAAAGAAGAGUGCGAAGGGAGGAGGAGCAGAUCUCUGAACCCUCAGAUGCCUGGGUCCAGCGCCAGCGUUACAGGGAAGUUUUCAAAGAGCACAAACAUCCAGCCAGUGCACGGACGGGUAGACUGGAGCGCCAAAUACGGAGGCCACCAAUAGCGCAGCUCUGCACCACCAGUGACUCAUGGGAAAAAUCCCCCACUGCACUUUUGCCAGGAAAUACAGACUUUAGUGUUUGAUGCUGCCAACACUGUACAAACGUUUCCUGCGAGUCUGUUGUUACAUUUGCCACGCUAUUAAAUAUUGUUCAGUGUUGUAAAAGUAUCCUAUGACUUCUACUGUCAGUAUUUUCUUUCUUUUUUUAAAUAAUAGACUAUAUGAUUAAAUAAAGAAGUUAUUUUUUUAAUUAAA